AUGGCGUCCACAACACCCACAACAACCCCCUCCUACCGGCGCACCCGCAGCAAAUCCCCGCGCUCCCGCCCCACGACGCCCCUUCGCCCUUCUUCGCGCUCCUCCCUGCGCGACUCUUACCAGCGCGGCCGUGCCGCCUCUGCUUCCGACAACGCGCUCCAAGGCCUGCAGGAUGGCUUUGCCGAGCUGAGCGACGCCAUGGCUGACCUCGAGCAAAACUUCGUCCACCUGCAGUUGAUGCACGAGAGCCUGGCCCGCUUCUCCGAGAGCUUUGCCGCCUUUCUCUACGGCAUGAACAUGAACGCCUUCUGCGUCGACUUCCCAGAGGCCCCAAUCCACGAGUCCUUCAAGCGGCCACAGAACCAGCCCGAUGGCGGGGCUGCCAACCUGAGCCGCUCGCUGGGGCCAGACGACAUGGAGGCGACCUUUUUGACCACCGACACAUCCUUUGUCGACAACCCCCCAAGCAGCAAGACUCCGUCCAAGCCUCAGACGCCUGCCCCGGCAGCCAAAACAUCGGGCCUACCAAGAGGCAGGGGAGGCAUACCACGUGCUGGCGGGCGCGGCGGGAUCCCUACCCGCGGCGGCACCACAAGGGGCACAAGAGGCGGUACAGGCAUUGCAAGAGGCGUUGCCGGGCGGGGACGGGGAGUACGGUAA